UUUUGAUAUCACUAAUAUCCCGUUAAUCCACCCAAACCCUCUGGAAUAAUAACCUAUUUUAUUGAUUUUCCACAGAAUAAAUUCCCCGAAAUUCUUUGAAUUUCGCAUAAAUUUUUCGAAAUUAUAGAUAAUUGUGCUGAAGUUGACUGUGAUCGUAUCAAAAUAACAAAAAAUAAACCAAAAAUUUGACCUAUGGGACCUAAAAAUUGUCUCGAGUUUUGUAUUAUUUUUGGUCUUGAGUCUUGGAGUUUUGGUCUUGAUCUUGUGUCUUGGUCUUGGAAAAAAUUUUGUCUUGGGUCUUGAGUCUUGGAAAAAUUUCGGUCUCGCACAUCUCUAAAAUAUAGACUUACAAGAGAACAAAUGUCGGAUCUGCAAAAGGUCUUGGGUAGUACAUUGCCCUAUUGUUGUCGUUAUCAUAAAUGUGCUGUUUCCUCAAUUUCAAUAGAUGAUGCCGCUAAUUAUAUUGUUACAUGUGCAAAUGAUUUUAGUAUUGUUAUUUAUGGUAUUGGUUGUUCUGAAUAUAAUCAGCGCAUUCCAGUUACCCAAUCUUGCAAAGUUGUAGCAAUAGCAGCCAACUUUUCCCGUCCCUCUUCUGGUCAACGCUUCCUUGCAGCUAAUCAAAAUUUAGUUUUAUACCAACGAGGGGUUAGAGCAGAAUUUUUUUCUGGGAAAAGACGAGAGACCUGUCUUUAUAAAGGAACUCAGAAUGAUGGAUUAAUUAAUUGUUUGUCUUGGAGAGAGAAUUUUGUUGCUUUUACAAAUGAAACUGGAACGAGGAUUUAUGAUUUAAAAUUAUCUCGGUGUUUGGCGCUAGUUCAACCUUUUCACAAAAAUGAAAAUUUCCCAAUUUCUAAAUUUCCUCCCAAACAUGUUUGGUUAAAUGAUUCAACGUUAGCAAUUGGAUGGGCAAAUACUGUCUGUAUUUGUGCUAUUGUACAAACUACUAAAAGACCGGGACCAAAUACCUCCGAUUUAUUAUUGGAUUUACCCAAAGGACGAAUUUUGCAUCGAUUUACAUUUAACAAUUUUGCUAUUGCUGGCAUUUCAUUUACAACUCGUAGCUCUUACGGCAACGACGAAAUUUGUUCAUUACCUCAUUCAACAUUAAAUUCCCCUCCAAAUUCUUUAAAUUCUCAAUCAGAUUGGCGUGAAUUAAUUAUAUUUGGAAUUAAAAAGAGUGGAGGAAGAGGAGAUACAAGAGAACCUAGCCUUUUAAAUUUUACAACAACAAAUUGUUCAAUUAAUGGAGAAAAUUUAAAUGAAGAGUUACUUGAAACAACCAACGAAAAGAUUAAUUUAAUAAAUAACCCUCCUCCGCCUCCAUCUUCAACUUGCUCUAAUGAUUUUAAUGACCAAAUUUCUAACAACAAUUUUUUCGCUCAACUCAGAUUAAUUAAACCAAUUUCACUUCAAGAAUAUUCUUUAGAAGCUGAAGAUACAAUCGAAAUGAAAAAUGUUAAUAUAAAAAUGUUAAAUAAAUUUGGAUUGGUUUCUUUGCCGUUGGAUGAUAUUUAUAUUUUGGCUGGUCCGAGAGAGACUAUUGAGGCCCUUCCCUGUUCAAUCGACAAUAGAAUUCAAUGGCUAAUGGAAAAUGGACUUUUCGAAGAAGCACUUGAAUCUGCUUUAAGAAACAGCGAACUUUUAAAAGAAAAUUCUGUUUUGGAUGUUGGGAAAAGAUUAUUAAAUCAUUUAAUAGAAAAGCAAGAUUUUGAAACGGCUGCUAGUUAUUUGCCUGAGAUUUGUUCAAAAUACAAAGACGAAUGGGAAUAUUAUGUAAACGAAUUUGAACACCACAAUCAACAAUUAAAAUUAAUUCCAGUCAUUCCAACAAAAGAUCCCCAAUUAGAACCUGAAAAUUAUGAGUCGAUAUUGAAUGCUGCUUUAUAUUCUAGACCUAAACUUUUUUAUGCAAUUGUUAGCCAUUGGGAUGCUGAUAUUUAUAGGGCUGGUUCUCUUGUUGCUGAAGUUUUUAAAAGAAUUACGACUGAUAAUAUUAACAAAAAUAUGGUUAAAGUUCACAAAGACGCCCCCAAUUCAGUCCAAUUAUUAAGCGAAAAUGAUAGGAAUUAUUUACUUCGUGCUUUGGCUUCUUUACUUUUGCAAUGCCGUAAAUACGAGGAUGCAAUCAAAACUUAUAUUUUGCUUCAAGACCCAACUAUUUUUGGAGUUAUUGAUCGUUAUAAACUUUUUCCUUAUGUAAAAGACCAAAUAAUGGAAUUGAUGGAAAUUAAUCAAGAUUUGGCAAUUCGGUUACUUUUGGAUAAUGAAGAUUUAAUUUCACAAGAUAAAGUUGUUAAUUUGUUGGGGAAUUACCCUAAAAUACAGCUCGUUUACCUUCACCGUCUACAAGCUAGAGGGGAAGGAAUGUCUUAUUCUAAUCGACUUGUUAAAUUAUAUGCUGAUCAUGACCGUCCUUCAUUAUUGCCUUUUCUCAGGAAAAAUGAACAUUAUAAAAUAGACUUGGCAUUGGAUGUUUGCAAAAAAAGAGAAUUUAUUGAAGAGGUUGUCUACCUUUUAGGACGUACUGGAAAUCGUUUAGAAGCUUUAGAUUUAAUGGUAAAUAAAUUGUUAAGAAUUGAUAUGGCUAUCGACUUUUGUGCUGAAAAUGAUGAUUAUGAACUUUGGGAACGUUUAAUUGAAUCUUCAAUUAAAAGGCCUGAACAAAUUGUUAUUUUGUUAAAAAGAAUGGCUUGUUUAAAUAUUGAUAGUAUUAGUGUUGUUGAAAAGAUACCAACAAAUAUGGAUAUACCUGAUUUACAAAAUUGUUUACUUCAAGUAAUUAGAGAUCAUGAACAACAAAGGGAUUUAUUAAUACAUUCAAAAAAUGUAGCUAAUUGUGAUGUUUUAAAAUUAUUAGAAUUACAAUUGAAACCUUUAGCUAUUAAUUUUGAAUUAUUAAAUAAAUAUGAAGAAGAGGAAGAAAAUAAUAAUAAUGAGUGUUUUUGUUGUGAUAUUUGCAAUCAAAGCAUUAAUGACAGCAAUUCAACAGAAGAGGAUACAAAUAAUAGCAGCAAUAUUCUUUUACUUGCCAAUGGCAAAAUAAUACAUGAAAAAUGUACAGAAAAUGGGCAACCACCAACACAGAUAUUUCCAAAAUGUUAUCCUGAAAGGAUUUCUCAACUUUUAAAAUUAUAA